GGUCUCUUAGAGGAUAGCUAUUCACGUAACUUAUUUUGAUAUUCGUUAUAUAGAGGCAAUUUUCGGCAUUACAUAGAGUGGYGAGGAGCGCUUAGUCGUUAUUUGUUUCACGCAAAGCACAAGCAUCAAACCCUACAAAAUGGAACCAAUGAACAAUACUUCRCUGUGUAGUACUCUCCAAAGAAAGGAAUCUUCGAUUGAGACAUCAUCCAAACURCUUGUGUAUUCCAUUGCGUUUGUCGUAGCCAUCCUUGGCAAUGUGUUUGUGAUUUUAAUUGUGUUUCGUAAAACGACCUUCAGGACCACAACUAACUUAUUCAUUGUCAACAUGGCCAUCAGCGACGUGUUCCUUGCCGUGCUCUGUAUUCCAAGCACAAUGUAUGUGAUUGCAACGGGGAAGUUAACACAACCGUUAGUCACAGGGCCCAUUGGWGCUAUUCUCUGUAAGGCAGGGWCAUUCUUACAAGGACUAUUCAUAGGGACRUCUAUCUUAACGGUUUUAGUCCUGGCCGCCGACCGUUUCUUAGCCAUUGUUUAUCCAUUUAAAAAGAUCAUUUGCAAACGAAAAGCCAAGGUCUUGAUUAUUAUGGUGUAUAUUGUGUCAGCGGUUUUUAACGCACCUUUAUUGUACGCUAUGAAAUUMUUUGAAAAAGAUGGCAGCCAUUACUGUCAAGAGAUCUGGGAACCUUACUUUGAUAAAAUCAAGGCUCCAAGAGACUACACCAUCGUGUUGUUUUUGUUCUUCUACUUGUUUCCUCUUGUGAUAGUGGUUUUCUUUUAUGCCUCUGUCAUCCGGGAACUUUGGAAAGGCAAACUUCAUAACAGCAACACCGUUGCAUUUCGGGAGAACAAAUCAGUUUUGAAGAUGGUAUUGACAAUAACUGUGGCGUUUGCACUAUGCUGGCUUCCAGCCCACCUCAUGAUUUUYCUGUAUCUUUUUGCUACUGAUUUUAUUAUUCAAAUGUGCGAUCUCGACCCUGCCUUUAAGUUCAUUGGUUGGUUCWUGGCUCAYCUMAACAGUUCAAUCAAUCCUAUCAUAUAUUUUAUGUACGCUGAAAGCUUUCGUAUUGAAGCAAAGAAAAUCAUCCAGCCCUUUCUGAGCUUGUUUCUAAGAGGACAGCUUUCUUCUCAAAGGUGUUGUUUCUCCAGGAAAAGAGAUUGUCGCAGUCCUUCUGUGCAWUACUCGAUCAACAGAACUGCGCACACUGAGCAGAGCUUGUCGUGACACUUCAAAGUUAUUUCGGUCUAUUAGAUUAAAAACGUACAUAGUUUAUCUGUAAGGGACUGUGCAAUAAUU